AUGGUUUCAAUGUUUCCAAUAGAUUAUAUGCAUUGCAUAUGCUUAGGGGUUGUCAGAAAAAUGCUUUUUAUUUGGAAAAGUGGUAAUCGAUCAGUACGUUUAAAUGAGAAAUAUAAUUUAUUAGAGAAGAAAAUUAAAGAACUAGGAAAUUGUUGGCCAAUUGAAUUUAAUCGUAAACCAAGGUCUUUACAGUAUUUAGAUUAUUGGAAGGCAUCAGAAUUAAGGCAGUUUAUUUUGUAUGUGUCUCCUCUUCUCUACGAUAUUUUACCUGAGCAUAUGUUCUGUAAUUUAAUGUUAUUAAAAUAUGCAGUGACAAUUUUAUUGAAUAAAGACUUGAAUUCAUUUUAUAAUGAAUAUGCGAAUAAGUUACUAAUAAGUUUUGUAAAAAAUGCUAUACAAAUAUAUGGUAAAGAGUUCUGUGUGUAUAAUGUUCAUUCAUUAAUACAUCUAGCUUCAGAUGCUCAAAAAUUUGAAUCAUUAAAUGAUAUUAGUUGCUUUCCAUUUGAAAACCAUCUUUAUUUCUUGAAAACCUCACUACGUAAAUCUAAUCAUUGUUUACAGCAAGUGCUGAAUAGAAUUUUGGAGGGAAGGAAACCAAUUCACACUGGUGUAUAUAAAAAAAAUAUAUAUGUAUCUGAAGGAUCUACUGAAAAUAUAAAAUUUUUAAGGAAAACUUGUGUCAACAACACUGUGUGGACAAUAGAUUCGGGUAAUAAUUGUGCUUUCAUAAACGACAAUGAUUCAACAAUUUUAUAUAUCCAGUCAAUAUUUGAAAAAAAUAAUAAAAUAUACUUUAAAGGCCGCCAUUUACAAAAAAUAAAGCCGUUUUUAGAUUAUCCAACAGCUAGUGAUAUCAUUCACCUUUAUGAAGUUUCAAUAAAUAGCAUUGAAGGUGACAUAGUUGAAUAUACACAUUCUGCGAAAGACAUCAAAUUUAAAGGUUUGUUGUUAAAAAUGACAGAAACAUAUAUUGUGUGUCCAUUAAAUCAUUUUGAUUAG